UCGGUGCUGGGGGAGCCGCGGCGGGCGGAGUUCGUGGCGCUCACGGCGGUGCAGACGGAGGCGGGCGAGGCGGGCACCCCGCGGCGCCUGGGGCUGCUGGGCACCCCGCUGCCCGGCCCGCCCGGCGCCCAGGCGCGCUCCGCCUCGCACAAGCGCUACCGCCGCCUGCAGAACUGCCUCUACAACGUGCUGGAGCGGCCCCGCGGCUGGGCUUUCGUCUACCACGUCUUCAUAUUCGUCCUUGUGUUCAGUUGUUUGGUGCUGUCCGUCUUCUCUACCAUCCAGGAGCAUCAGAAAUUCGCCAACGAAUGCCUGUUCAUCUUGGAGUUCGUCAUGAUUGUGGUGUUUGGCAUGGAGUACUUCAUCCGUAUCUGGGCGGCCGGCUGCUGCUGCCGCUACCGGGGCUGGCAGGGCCGCUUCCGCUUCGCCAGGAAACCCUUCUGCGUCAUAGACUUCAUCGUCUUCAUUGCCUCACUGGCCGUCAUCGCCGCCGGCACUCAGGGCAACAUCUUCGCCACGUCGGCACUGCGCAGCAUGCGGUUCCUGCAGAUCCUGCGCAUGGUGCGUAUGGACCGCCGUGGCGGCACCUGGAAGCUCCUGGGCUCCGUGGUCUAUGCCCACAGUAAGGAGCUGAUCACAGCCUGGUACAUCGGCUUCCUGGUCCUCAUCUUCGCCUCCUUCCUCGUCUACCUGGCUGAGAAGGACACCAACGCCGACUUCACCACCUACGCCGACUCCCUCUGGUGGGGUACAAUCACGCUGACCACCAUCGGCUAUGGGGACAAGACCCCCCAGACGUGGCUGGGCAGGGUGCUGGCCGCCUGCUUCGCACUCCUCGGCAUCUCCUUCUUCGCCCUCCCAGCCGGCAUCCUGGGCUCUGGGUUUGCCCUGAAAGUCCAGGAGCAGCAUCGGCAGAAGCAUUUUGAGAAGAGGAAGAUGCCAGCUGCAAACCUGAUCCAGGCUGCUUGGCGACUGUACUCGACCGACGCAAGCAGGGCCUACCUGACCGCCACUUGGUGUUACUACGACAGUGUCCUCCCGUCCUUCAGAGAGCUGGUUCUUAUGUUUGAGCAUUUGCACCGAGCCCGCAACGGAGGAAUUAGGACCUCAGAGGUGAAAAAAUUGCCCGACGGAGCCCCACUGCCUUAUCACUGCUUCACCCCUGGCCAGAAAACCAUCGCCCCCCUUCUUUGUGUGGGGGAAAGCACCAAAAUGGGCCUCAAAGACCGCAUCCGCCUCAACAACGCCCAGCGGCAGAGCGGCCGGGGGAGGCAGCACCUGAUGCCCCCCAUGCGGCGCUCCCCCAGCACCGAGAACGUCAACGAGGUGCCCAGCCCCACCAAGGUGCAGAAGAGCUGGAGCUUCAACGACCGCACCCGCUUCCGGGCCUCGCUGCGGCUCAAGCCGCGGCCGCCGGUGGAGGCUGACUGCCCGGUGGAGGACGGCAGCGAGGAGAAGGGCCACCAGAGCGACCUGACCUUCGAGGACAUCAUGCCGGCGGUGAAGACGCUCAUCAGGGCCGUCAGGAUCCUGAGGUUCCUGGUGGCAAAGAGGAAGUUCAAGGAGACCUUAAGGCCCUAUGAUGUCAAGGAUGUCAUUGAGCAAUACUCAGCUGGGCACCUGGACAUGCUGGGCCGCAUCAAGAGCCUCCAGUCACGCGUGGAUCAGAUCAUAGGGAGGGGAGCCAUGCCGAUCGACAAGAAGCUCCGGGAGAAGAUGGAGAAGCCUGCGCUGGAGGCAGAUGCGGUGGACGAGCUCAGUAUGAUGGGGCGUGUGGUCAAGGUGGAGAAGCAGGUGCAGUCCAUAGAGCACAAGCUGGACCUGCUCCUGGGUGUCUACACCCAGUGCCUACGGAAAGGCUCCACUAACUCCUUCAGCCUGACCGCCAUGCCGAUCCCUGCCCUCGACCCCGACAUCACCUCCGACUACCACAGCCCCGUGGACCACGAGGACAUCUCCAUGUCCGCCCAGACCCUAAACAUCUCCAGGUCGGCCAGCACCAACAUGGACUGAGCGGGCUUCCUCGCACGGACGGGACAGCCCCAGACGGGGCAGAGCCGGGGCGAGGGGCAGCCCCCUUUCUGCAGACAGAUGGGCGCUGCGCGGGCAGGCGAGAAAGCUGACCCCGGGCCCCGCCAGGCUCCGGACUCGCAGGGCGGGCUUGGGGCCUCCAGCCUCGUCGAACGGGUUCUCAACGCACCUUGAUUUUACUUGAACAAGUCUUCCUUCCUGGACACGCGGGAAUUAUUAAGCCACUAGUAUUCAGCUGAGGAGAGCCACGUGGCCACGCGGCAGCCACGACGGGGAUGCAGCAGAGAGGACGAUGCUUGUGGCUUCGCCGAGGGUUACCCCUGCUCCCUCAAAACCACCCCUAGCAAGAGGCACUCCAGUGACUUGCGCGGGGAGCUGAGAUGCUCUUUGUUUUAAGCAACAGACUCCAGACUUCGGUCUUCCUGGGCAGCCUUCUCUUCCGAGGGAAAUCCACCCCAGCCUGCUCCCAGACUGGUGCAUUUUAACCCAGGCCUUGAAGAUUGGGGAGGGGUCCCAAGCCACCCAGAACCAGCCCAGGCCCCUCGCGGUAUCUCCCGCAGCCUCUCGGGCGGCCAUCGGAGUCUGGAGACCGUGGCCACCCCCGCGGCCAGGAGGUACCGCUGGCGAUGAGCCGUGGGACCUCGCCACCGGUCUUUUUCUUCCAAGCGGUGGCUUUGGCUGGAGGCUUCUGCCUGGAGCCAACCUCGGAGCCAGCUUUGAAACAGGGUAAAGUUUGGCCGGGAGCUUCUCAGCAGCGAGGUGGGCGGCUCCGACCUCUUCGCUGAUGUCCUCAGCACCCCUCCGGCUCUGGGGGUCAUCCCUGGAGCUGGAGCUUGGAUCUCAUCAACAGCUAUGCAAGGCUAGGUAACCCUUUCCUUUCCAGUGCUAAACAAGGGGCAUUGCAACUCAAUUGAAUGUGUUUUUUUUUUUUCUUUUCUUUUCUUUCUAUGUCUAGGAAGUAGCUGGGGCACGACCGGGUUCUCCCUGAGGAGGCCCGGUGAGUUUGUCCCCACCUUUCCUAUCUCUUAGCUGGCAGGGGCACCAUCUCCUGCAGCCGUGACUGUAACUAUAAGCACAGUGGAGCCUUCUGCACAGCAAUGCACGCUCUGAGGGUAACCAUAUAUGCAACAACGUUUGAAUAUGCAACCUUAUAUCCCGGCGGGGGUAGGGAUGACUAGCCCGUCGGCCUUGGCAAUACGCAUCUAUCUGUGUGUGGGUGCAUGGUGUGAGUGGGUGAGCCCACGCCUGUCAGCAGCUGGGUUUCGCAGGACGAUGGGAUUCUGCUCCUGGUGGAAAGACUCCCAUUGCCUGGGGGGCAGAUCCGCGCGUCGGGCCAAGUACCGGCCUCGCUGCAUGUGAUGCGCGUGGAAAUGCAGCUGGCUGGAGGUCCGUUGCUGGAGGAGGGUGUGCGUGUGUGUGUGUAUGUGUGUAUGUGCAGGCAGGAGAAGGAGUACUAACACUGUAGCAUAGCUUUAGACCUUCUCUUCCCCACCGCCGUGGGGCUCCCAGCUCCCCCUCUGCUUCCAGACGCCUCGAAGUGGCAUGUCGGGCACUGGUAGUGUAGCGUGCCCAGUACCUCCGUACCUCGCUCCCCCAGAGGUUGUUCCCCAAACUGGAUUGCUCCUCCCACAGCUGGACACAUGGCUUCACUUUUCAGUGGCCCAGCCCCAGUGCUUCACCCCUGCUGCCUCCGCCCGCCCAUCCAUCCUUCCCUGCUAGAGACCCGUUGCCACAGUAUCUGGGGAGGAAAUUGCUCCCAAAGGCCCCCUGAUGCCCUGGUGCAUCCUCCAGACUCAUGGAUAUUUGCAGCAUGCCUUUUAGCUGAUGGCUGCACGAUUUUUCAUUGACUGCUCUACUCCCCAUCGGUGUCUGAUUAGUCGUUUAAUCACGUGGCAUCAUUGUCCUGCCAUGAUUAGAUGCCUGAAGUUUUUUAAAGUGGAGUGACCAGGGCCCUUGACUUGUUUUUCAGGUGGAGGAAGGGUCCCCAUGCUCACAGCCAUAGCUAGCAGCCCCCCAGGGCUCAGCGUGGUACAUUUGAUGGGGAAAAUGCUGGGGUGUCAGGUUUUAUCAGCAGCCAGAGAGGCACAUAGAGCUGUUCCCAUGGGGGCUUUCCCCCUCAAGGUCACAGACAUGGUCGCUCAGAGAGCAGCUAUGUACGCACACGUACACGUGCACACAGCCCUACCUAUAUGUUCUUCCACUUUAUCCCGACAUGAGAAUAGCAGCUCCUCCCUUUGCUAUUUGAAUUAUAGCUGGGCCUCUUCCAGCCCCAGAAAGGCAGCGAGGCAGGUGAACGGGGAAUCUGAGGCCCGGCGUGGGGAAGGGACAGGUCUGGAGCAGAGCUGAGAAGCCAGGUGUCCUGGCUCCCAGGCUUGUGCCCUCGGAGGUGGGAUGCGAUCCCAGUAUGCACGGGAGCUGGCUGCAUCAGAGCGGGAUCCUGAGCCCCUCUGAACCCAAAUCCUGCUGGUCCCACCUGCACCGCACCAGGUGGACACAUCUGUGUGUAUGUGGGGGGCACGUACCUGCCAUGACAGGCAGCCUGUGCCUGUGAGGGGUCUGUCCCGGGUGUCCGUGAGCUCCCUUCUCCAAGCAGUGAAGAGUUUUCCCAGGCAGCUCGUAUGUGCGCCAUACCCAGCCCUGCCCUGCCCACCCCUUUGGCACAGCUGGGGGCAUCAGGUAGUAGCCUCCAUGGGCAUCCCCCAGACCCCAUAGCGAGGCUCUCCUUCCUGUCUCCGGGACCCGGUGUGGGGAGCAUCCUGGGGGAGCAUCCUGAAUGUGCAUUUAUGUGUAGCUGUUAAAGCAACCCCCACCCC